CCUCUAAUCGAAUCUCUUUUCUCCUUAUACCUAUUCGAUUUUUUCCCAAUAACUCUGAAAUUGUCUAGCGACAGCGACAAUUCCACUAGUUUUGAUUCUGCGAAUUACAACUGCAAAUGUAAAAAGAGCAUUUUCAGCUUUGAGUUAUAUUAAGAACAAGUUUCCAAGUCGAUUUGGCGACCAAUUUGCUAAUGCUAAUUUAGUGAAGAUACAUUAAAAAAGACUUAUUUAAUAGUGUAGACGAUGAAUGUUUUUGCGUUUCUUUCACAAUAUGAAAUCUCUCCGUGGUUGUUUGGUUGUUAAAAACUGUAUUGUCUGUUAUUUUUAAUCUAUGAAUGAAUUGUGCAGAUAUAAUUAAUUUUAAUUAUUUUUUAUUAAAUUAUUUUGUAUUAAUUUUUUAAUUAAAUAUUUAUUAUGAAAAAGAGGACAGGGGUGGUUUGAAAUGCUCGCUCCGCCACUGUCUUCAAAUUCAUGGAUUCCACAAUUUUGGAUCUAAAAAUUGUCAAAAUCUGUGGGCCCAUGUAUUUGGUUUCUAAUUCUUUAAUGCAACAAACAAAGGAGUUGAUUAAAUCUAUCAUACUUUGGAUUUUGAUGGCAAAUCCAUCGCCCAAAUCCAACAAUGAUGUCAGGGGCAGAGCUACAUUGUAGCUAGGGUGGGCCCCGGCCCCGGGAUUGGUCCCGGUCCCUGGAUCUUAAAGGAUAUCUAGUACAAGUUUUAUAAGUAGAACUUGUUCUGUAAAUUUUAUAAUGUAAUAGUUAUGUGGUCUAAUGGUAGCCAAGGUUAAUUUAUAUCUUAAAGCAUAUGACUUCAUUCCACAUUGGUUAUAUAAUUUUUUAUAAUUAUUUAAGACCCUUCCGGUCUCGAAAUUCUGACUCCGCCCCUGAAAAAUGUCAUGCUGGAUAAGUGUAGAUUUUUCUAAUGCUCGACCUAAUAGGUGUGAACUCAAAAGUUUAAUGUAGAUUUCAAAUAAACCUAACACAUCAUUAUUUUAAUAUUGCGAAUUACGUAUUAACUCGAAACUACAUAAAAUCUCAUUGUCAUUUAAUGAAUUAAGUAGAUUAGUAGGUAUUAAUUUGUCUUUAUCUUCUUCUUCCGGAUUAGACCCCCCUCAAUUCAAACAAUCUAACUCAGCAGGCAGCGGCUCUUGUCUUGUGUAUACACACAUAGACAUAGGUAUGUUUAUGGACAAUGACAGAGCUUGUCUGUUGCCCUCCAAACAAAGAGUACUCCAAAGACCAAAACGUCUGGGAAUCAAGUUGCUUCUUGAAAUAUAUUACUAGAAAUUAAGAAUUUAAAAGGUUAAUCAAUCGACUAAAUCCCCAAAAUUGAAGUCUUGUAACCUAAUCCAGUCCACGUAUUCAUUACUCGUCCUUCCUCACAUCAACAAAGUGUUUCGAGUAUUCUCCAUUUCCACUUAAGCUCAAGCUUUGAACUUCUUGACUCUUGUUAUGUUACAAAUUUCUCACUAGUUAUACAUCAGAGCGACGAAGAUGCAUGAGUGUCUCUCAUCAAUGUAGUCGAGCAGAUCUCGACUUAUUUUGAUCAAUUGGUUAUUGACAUCGUAUUAGGGCUGUUUGAGCCCGGGCGACUGGGCGUCACUCGGGUCCAAGGGGUUUGGGGCGUCAGACAUGACUUUGAGGGGAUAGGCGCCUCACCUCAGCCGAAGUGAGAAAAGAGAAGAAGUAUAUAGAGAGAGAAAGUAGAGAGAAUUUAGAGUAAGAGUAGAUAGAUUGCCAUUUAUGAGGAGAGAACUCCUAUUUAUACACUUUUGAGGGUUAGGUAGUGGUAUGGGCGCCUGCCAAGCCAUAAAUGCUGUGGUCGGACGCCUCAGACCUUCUGACACUGUACAUGGUACUUUUUGACAGAGGGUGUCCCCCUGCCCCUUCUCCUUGCUGAUGUCAGGUGCCUGGCCUUGUCUCUUGUCUCCCAGCCUUGUCUUUUAGCUCUUGUCUUCUUUUCUUCUUUAUGCCAUUAUCUUGGGUUUUGCCUUGGGGAUUACUAAUAUACCCUAUCAAGGGCUUUUAAUUGAACAUACCAGAAUUCUCAUGACUCCGGUUAUUAUUAUGUUCACUCAUUGCAAUGAUAUAUAUGGAAACAUUACUAUAGAUUUCAUAUAUUUGAUUCUAGUUGAAGUUUGAUUCCCCUUCCUCAUUGACCCUAGGCUUUCGUAGUCAUAUGCAUACUUCUUUCGUAGUCACAAACAUGGGGUCGCUGAGACCUAUUAGACCUUCGACAUGAUCAAGUUUGAAGUGGUUUUCUAGAAAGGUAAAAGGUAUAGAGAAUUAAACCGUAUAUGAUUGUGACUACUUUCUUUGUUAUUUAUAGUCGAGGGCAUCCUCACUUCGUUUCCUCCUUUUGAGCCGAUCUCCGGCAAACCAUGUACUGCUGCAUACUAGAGCAGACGCAACGAUGUAUGGUCGUUGCUAGGCGUCGUAUUAUUAUCUUUUCCUUCCUUUGAAGAUAUUCGUCUUUAUGUAGAUAGCCCAUGACCCAUUAUACCUUUAUGGGGCUAAAUGACACGAAUCCAACUCAAAAUGGCUCCAACAAAUAUUUUUAAUAACUUAAAUUAUCGAAAUCAACUGCAUUUUAAUUUGCAUACCGAUUGAAAUAAGAAUCGUUAAAUCUCAAAACUCUUUAUAUUUUCCCUAUUAUAGCUUUAUGGGGAUAAAUGACACGAAUCCAACUUAAAAUGCGCCCAACAAAUAUUUUUAUUAGCUCAAAUUACUGAAAUCAACCGCAUUUUAAUUUGCAUACCGGAAUAUGAAGUAAGAACUGUUAAAUCUCAAAGACUCUUUAUAUUUUCCCCCAAAAAGGCAAACCUACUUUCAAAACUACCCUUUUCAUAUUGAAACCGUUACGGGGAAGGGAAACAACACACCGGACACGUUUCCGGUUUGGUCUAGGAGUAAGAAGGAAGUAAACUCUAGUAGAGUAGUAGUAAACCAAAAGAGCACAGAAACUGCUACUGCGGCGAGCGGCCAGCGGUUCGGCCCAAUCCAAACAAACCGAAGAUUCCCCUGAAUAUUCUCUCCUUCCCACCUCUCUCCUCUUUUCUUUCCAGAUAUGUCUCCUAUAAAACUUUGCAAACCCAUCCCUCAACUUUCUAAAAAUUCCGCCGCACCCCCUCUAAAAAUCACAAAUUCACCAAAAACACCCCCUUCCCCCUAAUAUAAAUCUCCCCUCUUCGCAUUAAAGUUUCAAGAUAUAACGUAAAAGAAAAAAGAAAAGAACUUCCCACUUCUACUCCUGUUAAAACAGAGUCCAGCAAUGGCUGCCUCUUUAUCCCUCUCUUUCCCCGAUCAAAUAAGCCUCCUCGACAAGCUCCAGCUCUUCAGAGUUCAAGGCCGCGACAAGCGCGGCAACAAAGUGCUCCGCGUUAUCGGGAAAUACUUACCCGCUCGGAUGGUGAGCUGUGAAGCAGUGAAGAAACAUUUGGAGGACUCUGUUUUCCCCAAGCUAGGCGAGAAGCCGUUCUCCGUAGUGUAUUUCCACGCCGGAGUUCAGCGGGGCGAGAAUUUCCCGGGAAUCUCUGCCCUCCGGUCGUUCUACGACGCCGUGCCAGACCCACUGAAGGAGAAUCUGCAGGCGGUGUACUUCGUGCAUCCAGGGCUCCAAGCCAGGAUCUUCCUCGGCACCUUCGGCCGCUUCAUUUUCACCAGCGGAUUGUACGGGAAGGUGAGGUAUGUGAGCAGGCUGGAGUUCAUGUGGGAGUAUGUGAGGAAAGGGGAGAUCGAGGUGCCGGAGUUCGUCAAGGAUCACGAAGAAGAAUUGGAGUAUCGGCCGCUGACGACGCUGGAUUACGGCAUGGAGAGCGAUUUCCCCAGGCCGUACUGCGCCGGAGCUAAUAUGGACAACCCCAUGGCUUUGUAUUCCAUGCGCUGCAUUUCCUAGUGUUCAUGUAAAGAGGCUUUCAAACGCCGUUGUGUACAUAUAAAAAGAAGGUUUGGGUGUUAGCCUGUUAGGCAGAGAGGUUUGCUUGCAAGAAAAGUUUCGAGGUUUUUACUAUAACUUGGACCACAAACAAGUGCCCUUUCUUUCGCCAGUGCUUCCUUAGUAUCUUCUCUCAUCGUUAUGGGCAUAUGCCGGGUUGAACGUGGAGUGGGGGAACUUGGCUGGGCUAUCAGAAGUGCAGAUUAAGCAAGAUACAGAGUUUCUUAUGGGCAAGGAGCUGACAUCUCAAUUCUGGGUGACUUGGUACUUGGCAUCUAUAGUUUUUUACUGUCUCUAAUGUAGUCCUACUACUUUGUUGUGAUUCUGAGUUUGUUAGUAGUGGUUGCUCUCUGUUUCUUAGAGAAGAUUGUUGACAACAAGUGUUUUAACUGCGCCGACAAGGUUCGAAAAAUCGUCGGAAUCGAGAAAGGAAGAACACGAAAACAGAAAGCACACAACACACGAUUUACGUGGUUCACUAACACAAUUGCUAGUCCACGGGUAGGAGAGCCAGUUUCAGUAUAUCGAGCAGAUUACAAAUUACAGAGGAGUAUGAGAAGUAUAUACUAUAUAGAGUACUUCUCCUAGGUCUAACCCCUAAUCCAAUAUGGUAAAAAAAAAAAAGCGGUUACAAUCAGACCUAGAAUCCGAACCCAAAUAACAUUGAGUCCGUACACCGUGGGCCGGGAGCGUUCCCCCUGGACCCCACUUGCUGACCGGGCAACGAGACCCCGUGACUUUCAGUCUGGCAGCUGAUAGUCCGAUUCAAGACAAAUCAACGGUAAGACAUUUUUUUAAUGAAAUAUAUUAACACCCAUCCAUCAAAAUAAAAGUAGGAACAAUAAAAGAAGACUUUUUUU